AUCUGGGAGCAAAUCUUCCGCGUGUCCUUCGUCCUGGAGAUGAUCAACACUCUGCCCUUCAUCAUCACGAUCUUCUGGCCGCCGCUGCGGAACCUGUUCAUCCCCGUCUUUCUGAACUGCUGGCUGGCCAAGCACGCGCUGGAAAACAUGAUUAACGACUUCCACCGUGCCAUCCUGCGGACGCAGUCGGCCAUGUUCAACCAGGUCCUCAUCCUCUUCUGCACCCUGCUGUGCCUCGUUUUCACAGGGACCUGUGGCAUCCAGCACCUGGAGCGGGCGGGCGAGAACCUGUCCCUCCUGACCUCCUUCUACUUCUGCAUCGUCACCUUCUCCACCGUGGGCUACGGCGAUGUCACGCCCAAGAUCUGGCCGUCACAGCUGCUGGUGGUCAUCAUGAUCUGUGUGGCCCUCGUGGUGCUCCCACUGCAGUUCGAGGAGCUCGUCUACCUCUGGAUGGAGCGGCAGAAGUCGGGGGGCAACUACAGCCGCCACCGCGCGCAGACGGAGAAGCACGUGGUCCUGUGCGUCAGCUCCCUCAAGAUCGACCUCCUCAUGGACUUCCUGAACGAGUUCUAUGCCCACCCCCGGCUCCAGGACUAUUACGUGGUCAUCCUGUGCCCCACGGAGAUGGAUGUCCAGGUACGCAGAGUCCUGCAGAUCCCUCUGUGGUCCCAGCGGGUCAUCUACCUCCAGGGCUCUGCGCUCAAAGACCAGGACCUCAUGCGAGCCAAGAUGGACAAUGGGGAGGCCUGCUUCAUUCUCAGCAGCAGGAACGAGGUGGACCGCACGGCCGCGGACCACCAGACCAUCCUGCGUGCCUGGGCCGUGAAGGACUUCGCCCCCAACUGCCCCCUCUACGUCCAGAUCCUCAAACCUGAAAACAAGUUUCACGUCAAGUUUGCCGACCACGUGGUGUGUGAGGAGGAGUGCAAGUAUGCCAUGCUGGCGCUGAACUGCAUCUGCCCGGCCACCUCCACCCUCAUCACCCUGCUGGUGCACACGUCCCGCGGCCAGGAGGGACAGGAGUCCCCGGAGCAGUGGCAGCGCAUGUACGGACGCUGCUCGGGCAACGAGGUGUACCACAUCCGCAUGGGUGACAGCAAGUUCUUCCGCGAGUACGAGGGCAAGAGCUUCACCUACGCGGCCUUCCACGCCCACAAGAAGUAUGGCGUGUGCCUCAUCGGGCUGAAGCGAGAGGACAACAAGAGCAUCCUGCUGAACCCGGGGCCCCGGCACAUCCUGGCCGCCUCGGACACCUGCUUCUACAUCAACAUCACCAAGGAGGAGAACUCAGCCUUCAUCUUCAAGCAGGAGGAGAAGCGGAAGAAGAGGGCCUUCUCAGGGCAGGGGCUGCACGAGGGUCCAGCCCGCCUGCCUGUGCACAGCAUCAUUGCCUCCAUGGGGACGGUGGCCAUGGACCUGCAGGGCACGGAGCACCGGCCCACGCAAAGCGGUGGGGGGGGCGGGGGCAAUAAGCUGGCACUGCCCACGGAGAAUGGCUCGGGCAGCCGGCGGCCCAGCAUCGCGCCCGUCCUGGAGCUGGCCGACAGCUCAGCCCUGCUGCCCUGCGACCUGCUGAGCGACCAGUCAGAGGACGAGGUGACGCCUUCGGACGACGAGGGGCUCUCCGUGGUAGAGUACGUGAAGGGCUACCCUCCCAACUCGCCCUACAUCGGCAGCUCCCCAACCCUGUGCCACCUCCUGCCUGUGAAGGCCCCCUUCUGCUGCCUGCGGCUGGACAAGGGCUGCAAGCACAACAGCUAUGAAGACGCCAAGGCCUACGGGUUCAAGAACAAGCUGAUCAUCGUCUCGGCAGAGACGGCCGGCAACGGGCUGUACAACUUCAUCGUGCCACUGCGGGCCUACUACAGAUCCCGCAAGGAGUUAAACCCCAUUGUGCUGCUGCUGGACAACAAGCCCGACCACCACUUCCUGGAAGCUAUCUGCUGCUUCCCCAUGGUCUACUACAUGGAGGGCUCCGUGGACAACCUGGACAGCCUGCUGCAGUGCGGAAUCAUCUAUGCGGACAACCUGGUGGUGGUGGACAAGGAGAGCACCAUGAGCGCUGAGGAGGACUACAUGGCGGACGCCAAGACCAUCGUCAACGUGCAGACCAUGUUCCGGCUCUUCCCCAGCCUCAGCAUCACCACGGAGCUCACCCACCCUUCCAACAUGCGCUUCAUGCAGUUCCGCGCCAAGGACAGCUACUCUCUGGCUCUUUCCAAACUAGAAAAGAGGGAGCGAGAGAACGGCUCCAACCUGGCCUUCAUGUUCCGCCUGCCCUUUGCCGCCGGCCGCGUCUUCAGCAUCAGCAUGUUGGACACGCUACUCUACCAGUCCUUCGUGAAGGACUACAUGAUCACCAUCACCCGGCUACUGCUGGGCCUGGACACCACGCCGGGCUCGGGGUACCUCUGUGCCAUGAAAAUCACCGAGGGCGACCUGUGGAUCCGCACGUACGGCCGCCUCUUCCAGAAGCUCUGCUCCUCCAGUGCCGAGAUCCCCAUCGGCAUCUACCGGACAGAGAGUCACGUCUUCUCCACCUCAGAGCCGCACGACCUCAGAGCCCAGUCCCAGAUCUCGGUGAACAUGGAGGACUGUGAGGACACACGGGAAGCGAGGGGGCCCUGGGGCUCGCGCGCCGGCACUGGAGGCAGCUCCCACGGCCGCCACACGGGCGGCAGUGACCCCGCGGAGCACCGGCUGCUGCGGCGUAAGAGUCUGCAGUGGGCCCGGAGGCUGAGCCGCAAGGGACCCAAGCAGGCAGGCCGGGCGGCGGCCGCGGAGUGGAUCAGCCAGCAGCGCCUCAGUCUGUACCGGCGCUCUGAGCGCCAGGAGCUCUCCGAGCUGGUGAAGAACCGCAUGAAACACCUGGGCCUGCCCACCACCGGCUACGACGAGAUGAACGACCACCAGAACACCCUCUCCUAUGUCCUCAUCAACCCUCCGCCCGACACGAGGCUGGAGCCCAGCGACAUUGUCUAUCUCAUCCGCUCCGACCCCCUGGCUCACGUGGCCAGCAGCUCCCAGAGCCGGAAGAGCAGCUGCAGCCACAAGCUAUCAUCCUGCAACCCCGAGACUCGCGACGAGACGCAGCUCUGAGCCAGCCCUGCACGGAGCUCGGGCCACCAAGCCCAGGGUCCUCAGGAAGGACGUGGAGGAGUGUGUGAGGACACAGUGGCACUAGCGUGACCCUGGGGAUGCCAUACUCUGCUCACCAUGGCUCCUGGGACUCCUGGGAAGGAGCUCCUCGUGCGGGGGGAGGGCCAGCUCACCCUCGGGUACCUGCAGGCUAGUGAGGAGAGUUUUUUAACCUAUUUUUACAGACCGAUGCAGUCCACGUCUCUUUACACAGAUGUACCGUAACUCGUGACCAGGGCUGGCUGGGAGGGCAACGCGGGGACCAGACGCCCCGCAGGGCCGAGCCCAGGCUGUGCUGGAGGGUGGGGCUGGCUGGGGUGCAUGGGGAGGGGAAGAGAACCCAGAACCCAGGAGCCCUGCGUGGGCCACACCCAACUUAGAGCCAGCCUGAGCUUUCAUGGCCAAGCGGCCUCCCUUCCUUCCAGCCAAGGCCUGGGGGCCGGGGCUGCCGUGCUGCACUCUGUGGGGCCGGUGAGGGGCACCCUCUGCUCUUUGCUGUCCCGAGCCCCUUCUGGAAGUCAGAAGCAGCAAAGGGCCCGGGGAAGCCGGGCGUGUGUGAGGGGUGCAUCCCCAGGUGCCCCAGAGGGCCCUGUUGCCAAGGACCUUUCUGAAGGUCACGAGCAGAAGCAGAAGACGCCAUUUCCUCUACUUCACACUGAACUUUCCCGGCCACGGCGUCUGGGCGGCGUUUGGGUGGAAGAUGGUGCAUUUCCACAGCCCAUUUUACACUUACCUUUUAAAGCAAAGCCUCGUUUUCUAAACCCCUGACUUGUGAAGCACAACUCAGCCUCGGGGUUGGGCCAUGUGGGGGGAGAGGACCUUCUUAGCAAGGCGAGAUCCCGGGCGGCGGCUGACAGCGGGAGCGCCGCCCUGCGUCCUUUGCUGCUGGUUCCUUACUGGUUGGUACGGUCAGUGCUGGAACCUUCUAUUAAACGGAUGCAUUCUGGAGGCAUGAAGUUA